AUGGAUUCUCGCAAGGACGAGGAGGCCACCAUUAAGGUCGCCUCGAUCAAAAAAUCCGUCACUCCUUCACGACCCCAGGUGUUCGGCAAGAUCAAACUCAAAAAAGCCCCGCCGAAACAGGCCAAGCCUGGAAACUGGAAAGAGGCCAAUAUCAUUGAAGAGGACAAGAAAAAAUCAAAAGACAAUGCGAUCACUGCCGCCUCCCCCAGCCCCGUCACCAUUCAACUCGACGAUGCCUCUCGCGAGAACUUCCAAACCGGCCGCCCGCUCGAAGACCAGCUCGACAUGUUCCAAUGCAAGCACUGCAAGAAGGUCAUUACCCGAUCUGCGGGCGGGGAACACGUCGCCCGGUGCUUGAAAAUCAAGAAGGAAAAGGCGCAGCGGAAAAAAGAGGCUCGCGAGGCCCGCGAGCGGAUGAAGGAGGCUGUGAGGGAGCAGGAGCGCAAAGCGGAGGGCGACGGUGCCGGGCGAGGUGACGACGAUAGCGACGACGAUGACGAGAUCAAGGACGGAAAUGCCGGCAAGACCACCGGCAAGGCGAAAAAGACGAACGUCGCCGGCAAGAAAAGGAAGGCCGAGGGCGAGCUCGACAAGGGAAAGGCCAAGAAGAAGAAGGAUGAACCCAAGCCGAAGGCUGCAAAACCAAAGGGCCCCGUCGAUGUGGAGAGGCAGUGCGGUGUGCUGCUGCCGAAUGGCCAGCCCUGUGCCCGAUCUCUGACAUGCAAAAGCCACAGCAUGAGCGCGAAAAGGGCCGUGCCGGGCCGGUCACUACCAUACGACAUGCUUUUGGCUGCGUACCAAAAGAAGAAUCAGGCCAAGCAACAGAAGGCUGCUAUCGAUGCGAACGCGCCUUUGGAGGACGAAGACGAAGCCAACCAGGCAGCGGUCGACAGCGACGAGGAGACGGCUGCUGUGAUGAGUGCCUUGGCCAACUGGAACCCACAGCCCGUCGUCCCACAGCCCGUGUUUGCGCCCACCAAGCGUCAGUACCAGCUCGCCCGCCUGCACGAACAACUGCAUACUGCAACGAACGGCGGCCGCGUCAACAUUUUUCAGGUCGUUGGCUACGGCGCCCAGCGACUUCCCGAGGGACAUCCGGGCCUGCUCGAAAACGAGGACGCGCCAGGCGAACCGGAUCCGGCGGCCAUGGGCGGGGACUUUUCGCGGCGAUCCUCUCUCCCCAACAUACAUGCCACGCAGGCUAUGGGGACUUGGGCCGCGAUGAAUGUUGAGAGGCAGAGGCAGCUGCAGCAGAACCAGCCGGAGAAAAAAGUUGCUAGGUACCAGCAAUUGCUGGCGCAGCAACAGCAGCAGCAAGCUCAACGUCAGAAUGCUCAACAACAGCAUGCUCAACAGCAAACCCAGUUCCAGUGGGUUCCCGUAUCGGCCCAAGCUACGAGCCGGGGACGAAGUUACAGCAGAGGGCAUCGGGCCUACCAGCAGGCGCAGGCCCGGGCCUUUUCUCAAGGAUACAUGGGGCAGACGCAGGGGCAGGCGCAACACCAAAUUGCGGCCGUGAGACGGGAGGCUCAUGCCCAACGUCGUGCGCAGAUCCGAGCUCACGCUCAGCACUUGGCGGCAACCCAGGCUCCGAACCCACUGGCUAAAUGCCCGACCGAGUCGAUUACCGCUGCCAUGGCAGCCGCCGUCGCGAUUGCCGGUCCUCAUAACCUCAGGCCCCUCAUACCCUCGCCACAGUUGUCGGCCGCUACGGCGUCUGCAUCAUUCUCUGCGGCUGCGGCUGCAUCUACAUCUGCGUCUGCACAUGCGUCUACGUCUGCGUCUGCGUCCACCGCCGCCGGUAGACCACAGCCCCAAGUGCAGGGACAUGUGCAGCCGCAGGCUCAUGCGCAGGCGCAGGAGCAGGCUCAGGGUGGCAUCAAGCAAGAGACUGGGCAAUAG